UUAUUCCAGCAGCAGCAGGCAUAGUAGUUGAAGUAGUAAUAUCAGGUGUAGUGAUUGCUAUAGUGGUAGCAAUGGUGGUUGCUGUAGUAAUAAUAGAUAUGGUAGCUGCUGUGGUGUUAAUAGGCAUAGAAGUUGUAUUAGAAAUAAUAGACAUAGUAGUUGCAGUAGUGAUAAUACUGUAG